AUGCCGCUUCCCGAUGGUGCAUUGUCUAUCCAAGGACACUCGAAGCCCGGAGACCCGCUCCACACGAGGCCAAAACAGGCUAUGCUCGUUCGCAUGUCAUCUGAGACAUACGAUGCUCUGCAGAAUCAGCCAAAGAUGGAGUUCGAGUUCGGGGACAAUGCUGGCAUCCACAUCGGAGACGCGUUCUUCCCUAUGCGUUCUAGCAUAGAAGAAUGUCCGAGCGAGAUCUACCUGCGGACGUCGUCCGCCGGGAAGCCCAUGGCGCCACUCAAGCUGUACGCGAAUGUGUUAGGGAGAUUCUUCGUUGAGCGCGAGCUCGGAGAGAAGAUCGAGUCCCUCGUGCGCGACCGCAGAAUCGAAGCUGAGAAGCAGCGCACUGAGCGCAAAGCUAUCUUCUUGGAUACCCCUCCCGACUUCGGGAAGGGAUCUGCGACGAAACAGCGCAAGGAUGCACACAGUGCACAUCGUCGGAUUGGACUCACCGGUCCCGAGUCUCGACGAAAUCUGUCCGUUCCUUCAAGUGCUCAGCCGACGAGAGUAUCAUCUCCACGCAAUGUCUCAGUCCCGUCCAGCGGUCAGCCAACGCGUGUGGCGUCACCCUUACCCUCAUCGUCACAACGGAGCGAUGCGUCUCCGAUGCGAAACCGACUGGUUCAUCUAGUUGCGUCGUCGCAAUCUCUAUCAACGGACGACAUUGUACGACGCAUUGGAGGCCCAAAUUGCAAUGCUACAACUCGCAGUGAUAUUCUCAGGCUGCUAGAACAGGUCGCGGAACACAUCCCCAUGCCUAAGAAGAGCAACGUUACUCCACAAUGGCAACUCAAAACUGCUUCAUGGACAGACGUCCGCCCAUUCGAAUGGCCGUCACUUAGCACUCAAGAACGACUACGGCUGGCGCGUCAAGCUCGCCAAGCGUUCCAAUCACUCAAGAUACCAGAGUCGGACCCAGUGUGGGAAUACGCCCGCUACCGCGAUACGGCUGUGGGUGCAGGCGUGCCAUCGUUAUCUACACUGGAUUCGUCAAGGAAUGAUACCCGCCCAGCGACCCCCGAUCCCGCAGGACGAUCGGAGAUGAAGCGCUCUAUUACUAAGGAAACCACACAGAAGAAGCCGAAGACAACGGAAGGCGCAAGGAAGAGAGAUACUGAACCUAUACCUGCCAAAGACGAGAGUGUACGGUCUUUGAAGGAUGCAGUCAGUAGAGGCAAGGAGAGGAGCUCGCCAGCUUCCGGGGCCCCAACGUCCGCUUCAGACGCGAAGACAGCUGUGCGGAAGGUGCCCGGCUCGGGACUGAAAACGAAGGCAACUGAUGCGUCCACCGCGCCGAUGUCCUCAGCCCGGGCUGCAUCACCAGCUCGGCGUCCAAAGAGGCCAGGACUAUUCGAUGUCCGUGAGAAGCGAGAGGCAUCUGUGCCUUCCGCGUCAGCGAAGCCGACGUCUCCCAUGGCACCUCCCAUGGAGCGGAGGCACACUGCGAGCUCUCCACUAGGCUCGAGCAUCCGUGUGCAGAAGAAGACAAAAGAGACGCAUAUACCCUCUCCGCUUGGGGCAGAGGUGGCCAGAGACCGGGAUCGUACACGUGAGAAAAAUACGCCUCCUUCUGUCAAGCGGAAGAAGGCUGCGAAGGAAGAAUCCGACUAUUCGGACGAGGAAGAAGCACUCAGCGUUAGCGUGAAGAAGAGGCGCAAAAUCGAGGAUGCUGAAGCACUCAGAGCGGAGAGGGAAAGGGAGAGGGACAGGAAAAGAGAGCCUGACGGAGGCCGAGACCGAGGACAGGAGCGUUCAGAGUCGGCGAGGCCCAUCAAACGCGAAAUGUCCCCGUCGCCCACCACUCUGGUGAAGAAGUCAAUAAAGCGCGAUAGGUCGCCGUCGCUUCUUCCGCCGCCGAAGAAGGUCAUGAAACGCGAAGGAUCACCCCACGCUGCGUCGUAUUCGAGGAAGUCGGUGAAGCGAGAGGACUCACCCCUUCCGCAGGCGAAAAAGCCCAUGAAGCGCGAAGAGUCGCCGCUUCCGCGGUCAAAGGCGGUUAAACGCGAGGAAUCCCCGCCGCCGUCGAGACGUCGCGACAGAUCACCUCCUCGUUCCAAAGCCAAGCGCGAGCCGUCGCCCGGGCGCCUCACAGACUCAACGUCCCGGCCAUCUCCUCUCACAUCCGUCGCGCGAGAUGAGAAGCCGCAGCAGCGACGGUCCAGUGGCUCCUUCAAGCGGCGCAAGUCGCCCGUCUUCACUUCUUCCGAUGAUGAGGAUGAGCGUCCAAAGCAGCAACAGCAGCAGCAGCAGCAGCAGCAACCACAGCCGCCAAAGGCGUCACCAUCGAAGUACACACCGCGCUUUCGCGCGCGCACGACGCCGCUGCCGACGGACAAGCAAGGAUUGCGGCAGUAUUACAAUAAGUGCUACCCGCAGUACAUCGCGCUGUUCUCGGACAAGGCGCGGAUCGUGAUGAAGCUCAAGGAGAAGGAGCAAGAGACUGAUGGCGACAGCAUCACCUUUUCGGAAUCAGAGCUGGAGGGCCCGAUAGACAUGAUGGACCUAGAGGCUUUGAAGGAUUUCGCGGCGGACUUGCGCGCCUAUGAGGAAGAGAUUAAGAAGAUUCAGAAUGCAUGGCACGAUUUAGGAUACGACAGCGAUGAGGAGCUAUAA